CCGUAGCAACAAUCUAAUCGGACCGCGGCGGCGAUCGCGGCGGACAACACCACGCCGACGGGCACUCGGCGCAGCGCCCGCAGAGCAUGGCGCCGCAAUGGGCAUCCACGGGAUUUACAAGGAGAUUGGCCCCGGCCAGCGCAUAGCCCUCUCCAAGCUCGCCGUCGACAAGUUUGAGGAGACAGGCCGGCCGCUGCGUAUCGCUAUAGACGUAUCCAUAUGGCUCUUCCAAAUACAGGCCAGCAAAGGCGGCACGAAUCCGGCGCUGCGGACGUUCUACUAUCGACUCCUCCGUCUGAUCGCCCUUUCUAUCCACCCCGUUUUCGUAUUCGACGGGCCCAACAAGCCCCCAUUCAAGCGCAAUAAACGCACGGGGCCUAAUGUCGCGUCGAUUCCAGAGUUUCUAGCGAAGCAGCUCCUCAAGCAAUUCGGCUUUCCUAUACACCUGGCGCCUGGAGAAGCGGAAGCAGAAUGCGCGUUACUCCAGCGAGAAGGCAUCGUGGAUGCUGUGUUGAGUGAGGAUGUAGAUACCCUCAUGUUUGGCAGCGGUUUGACCAUACGGAAUUGGUCGCCCGAGACGACGGGCAAGACGCCGACGCAUGUCAACGUAUACGAUGCCGUCAAGACAAAGAACGGGCCAUCGGGCCUUGAUCGCGAAGGCAUGAUAUUAGUCGCCAUGAUGAGCGGAGGAGACUACGUGCCGGAAGGCAUCCCCAGUUGCGGCCCAAAGACAGCAUGCGAGGCUGCGAGAGCAGGAUUUGGACGAGAUCUCUGCAGCAUCGCGAAGAACGACUCUAGAGCCAUGCGCGAGUGGAGGGAGCGGCUGCAGCAUGAGCUCAAAACAAAUGAGAGCAAGCUCUUCAACCGGAAGCGUCCCAGCUUGAAAAUUCCGGACGACUUCCCGCGCCUGGAUAUCUUGGGAUACUACACGCAUCCUGCCAUAUCGACUCAGGCUGGACUAGAUAAGCUGAGGCGCUCUAUUAACUGGGAUCAAAAUCUUGACUUUCCGGGGCUGCGCGACUUUACCCAUGACGCAUUUGACUGGGCGAAGCUCGAGGGUGCAAAACACUUCGUCCGCAGCCUGGCACCAUCUCUUCUUGUUCGCCAGCUCCGGAUGAGAGGAGAACAGAACGGUAGAUUCCCUACACACAAUAUCCAGGCUAUCGAAGAAGACGAAGCGCUGCUGGUCAAGGGCAUCCACGGCAAGAGACAACACAUGAUCACGGACAAUACUACAGAGCUUCGAGUGAGCUUUACGCCCAUCGAGCUCGUCAGAAUUGAUUUGAGCAAAGAAGAGCCUGACGAGGUGCUAGAGGCGCAAGAUGCAGUUCCACCAAGCUGCCAGGCCGGGGAGGCUGACUUGGAUGAAGACCUACCUUUGGAGAUCGAAGACGACGACGCCGCGCCUAGGAAACGUGGCCCCACAAAAUUCGACCCUUACAAGGCCGCACGCAUAUGGGUUUUUGAGACCUAUGUCAAGGUUGGCGUGCCGUUGAAAGUCCAGGACUGGGAAGCAGGGCGACAGAAGCCACUAAAAGCAGGGGCGACUACGCAAACAGCCCCGAAAUCCAAGGGAGCAAGGCGUACGAAGACCACUGGUGAUGCGCCGCAACUAUCUAUAGAACGGUUCGCAAAAGUCACAAAGCCUGGCGUCAAACUCUCUCAAGCUCUGGCCAAAGCACAGAGUGAUCCUACGGAUCCUCUAGCAGCGUCACGACCAGUGCCACAAACGAGGCCUACCAUUGUCGACCUUCUCUCUUCGUCCCCUACUAAACCUACGAAGACCGUACCUUCUCCCAGGCAGACGAGAGACAAGCCACUCCCACCUGUCCAGGAAGACCCACCAUCGAACGUAUCGAAACGAAGACGGGCCCCAAUGCAGCGCUCGCAUACACUGCCUUCUGAUCCAAGCGCCGCCGGCAAGCGACUGGAUGACUCUCAUUUGGAUGCCAUAGAGACAUUAGAUCUCGUUGAUCUUCCUGCAUUGCCGUCUCCUUCCCAGUCCAAGAAAGCAAGGACCAGACAGACGACUCUAGAUGCAUGGCGCGCUUCGCCAGCAACAACACCUACAAAACCACGGAGGACGACACCUCCAGAUUGUGCUGUGGCAAGACCAGCUCCACCGCAGCUCCAACCCCCGCAAGAUGUGGUAGAGACGCUGGACCUCACGCUCUCUUCACCGCUUCGCCCUCCACCCAGGCGACCCACAGUGCCAACGAACCCGCGCCGAACCGCCGCACCAGCAUCUGGCACACGCCCUCCGCUCCUCUCAAUCUCCUCGAACGCAUCCCAGCGGUCCACAUCCUCGUCCUUAUCUACAUCUUUCAAGCCCAAAGCCGCAGCCACUGCAAGACAAACCCGCGGGGCAUCACCGCGGCUCCGAACGACCAAAUCCGCCUCGCCAGACAUUGACACGCUUGAUCUGACGGUCCUGUCUCCCCAACCACCAUCUGUCAGGGCACCCGUUCCUUCCAAGCGCGCCGGCAUACUAAAUUCACCGCCACCCACCCAGCCCCUAGCCGGCACCCUCCGCCGCUCGCCUCGAAACCACGCUUCUACCUCACUCUCCCCUGAACCUGGGUUGCGCAAGCGUUCAUCACCUGCGGCCUGGAAAGCGCAAGCAAAAAAGAAACGCGAAAUUAUUCUGCGGAAGAGUCUCGCUGGGGCGUGGGAUUUUGUCGAGGCGGAUAGUCCCGCCAAGGCAGUUGGAGCGGAGGGUAGUGGUGUGGUGUUGAAGGGAAAGGAGAGGAGAAAGUGGCGCGAGAGCGAGAUUGAGGUUCUGGAUUUGAGCUAAGCGGUGUAGGCUGGGAAGCUGGAUAUCUCAUCUAUGAAUAACAUGUUUCUUGUUCAGCGGAUGGUAGAUACACGCAUGAUCGCAGCGGCGUCCUAUUGAUAUACCGACCGCAUGCUCGUUACAAAAGUCGAUACAAGAAGAUAAGAUUCGCAAACCACGUCUAUCCUCUAUCGUGAGCUAUAAAUGCGGCACUU